AUGGCUAAUUUAUCAAGGAAUUUAACAUUUAUUAAAACUGUCAAAGGUUAUAAUCUAAAUUUCAAACAAGCUUGUCUAAUACGUUCUUUGAGAACUAGCUCUUCUCAAAAAGCCGAAGCAAGCGCUCCCUCCAUUACGGAAACGGCAAUUAACAAAAAAGAGCCUUUAUAUAAAUCCUUUUCUAUUUAUCGAUGGAAUCCGGAUGAACCUUCAGUAAAACCAAAAUUGGUUGAUUAUAAAAUAGACCUCAAUUCUUGUGGUCCUAUGGUGCUUGAUGCAUUAAUAAAAAUUAAAAAUGAAACGGAUGCUACAUUAACUUUUCGACGUUCAUGCCGUGAAGGAAUUUGUGGUUCUUGUGCUAUGAAUAUUGAUGGCAUAAAUACUUUGGCAUGUCUUUGUAAGAUUAAUCGUAAUUCCAGUUCUACUAAAAUUUAUCCAUUACCUCAUGCGUAUGUUGUGAAAGAUCUUGUUCCAGAUCUUACCCAUUUUUAUAAACAAUAUAAAUCUAUUGAACCAUACCUUAAGAAAAAGAAUCCACCAAAGGAAGGUGAACGUGAAAAUUUACAAUCAAUUGAAGAACGUAAAAAAUUAGAUGGUCUUUAUGAGUGUAUUUUGUGCGCAUGCUGUUCUACUUCUUGUCCAAGUUACUGGUGGAAUUCUGAUGAAUAUCUUGGACCAGCAGUUUUGAUGCAAGCUUAUAGGUGGAUGGCAGAUUCUAGAGAUGAUUAUGGUCAUGAACGUCGUGAAGCUUUACAAAAUCCAUUUUCGGUUUAUCGUUGUCACACUAUCAUGAAUUGUACUAGAACAUGUCCAAAAGGUUUAAAUCCAGGUCGUGCUAUUGCUAUGAUUAAAAGAGAAAUGGCUUUAGAAUAA